AUGAGCGAAUUCCAAGUCACCCGUACCUUUUUAGACAGCUUCCUCCAGAAAGUGGUGGAUUCUCUCCCUUCUAACAUCUUCGAAAGCUAUCAGUCCUCGGAAAGCCAUGCGCACACCAUAGAAAAUAUCGUUUUCUUACUCGCAGGCGAAGGUUUUGUGGCUAUUCUUCAACUCGUAUUAAAAAGCGUACAGUUCGAGAUCGUAACGGGUAAAGAAGUUAACUUAAGAGAUUUACAACGUAAAUACCCAGGUAACACUUUAAGCGAGUUACAAGCCCUUGUACGGGAAGCCGGAGUUAACAUCAAGGACGUAAGAUACGGCAUUACUCCACUGUUUUAUGCGGUUGAGGGAAACCACUUAGAGAUGAUCAGCUUUCUAGCCAAACAAGGGGCGAAUCUCAAUUGUACCGACAGUAGCGGCUACACGGUACUUCACACAGCUGUGCACCACUUAGAUACUGUCAAACGCCUUGUCAAAUUAGGUGUAGAUAUGAAUAUCGUCAACAAGCAAGGUAAAACAGCUGUAUUUCUAGCCGCCGCAUCACAUAAGUGGACCGUUGUGAAGUACCUCGUCGAAUCGGGUGCAGACAUUAACCUCAGAAAUGACCACAAUCGCAGUGUGUUGCAUUAUGCAGCAAAGUGGGGACUGUUGGACGUUAUCGAAUGCCUUGUUAAGCAUGGUGUCGAUAUAAAUGUUAGGGACAACGACGGUCACACGGCGCUGCAUGUAGCCGCUUCGAUGGUGAACUGGGUUCCUUUCGAGAGCCUCGCGGAAUGGUGCAUGGACUUUGACAUCGACAAUAGUAGCGGACGUACUACGCUGCAUCUAGCUACGGAGAUGGACCAGUUGAAAGUCGUGAAAUUCCUCGUGAAGUGCGGUAUGGACGUUAACUUUAAGAAUAACGAAGGCAACACCGCCCUGCAUGUCGCUACAUUGAACAGCGAGUUGGAAAUCGCGAAAUACCUCGUCGAGCAGGGUGCGGAUAUGAACCUUAGGGGUAGCGAGGGGCGUACAGCUCUGCACCUAGCCGUAUUGGUGGGUACGUUGGACACCACAAAGUACCUGGUGGAGCGCGGUGUGGACCUUAACAUAAGGGACAAUGUGGGAAACACAGCGUUGCACUUAGCCGCGUUCAGGGGCAGAUUGGAGACCGUUAAGUAUCUCGUGGAGUGUGGUUUGGACGUUAACGUUACGGACAGUUAUGGGACUACGGUGUUGCAUCUCGCGGCGUUCAACGGGAACUUGGAGAAUAUCGAAUACCUUGUGGAGUGCGGUGUACCUGUGAAUGCUAGAGAUAAAAAUGGAAGCACUGCGUUGCACCUGGCUGCCUUCAACGGGAGGUUGGACAAUAUCAAGUACCUCGUGGAACAAGGCGCAGAUCUUGGUAUUAAAGACAAUGAGGGUCAAACGGCUCUGGCUUUGGCCUCGAUGGAUGGGCACUUGGAGAGUGUCGGGUACCUCGAGGAAGUUGCGUUGGGUGUGGGCACGUAG